UCUCUCUCCCCUCUUCUUGUUUCUCUCUUUUUAAUUACCAGUUGGUUACAGAUAUCUAUGGCUCUGGUUGUGGAUCAACAACCAAGCUUCAAGUAUUAUUGUAGAAUUUGCAAAAAAGGUUUUGGUUGUGGCAGAGCUCUAGGGGGUCAUAUGCGAGCCCAUGGCAUCGGAGAUGAAAUUAAUCAUAUGGACGACGAUGACUCCGCCGGUGACUGGGACGACAAGCUCGGCGCAGCUGGCAACCCUCCACCUGGUACCAAACGAAUGUAUGCAUUGAGAACCAAUCCAAAUCGUCUCAAGAACUGUCGGAUCUGUGAGAAUUGUGGUAAAGAGUUCUCUUCUUGGAAAGCAUUCCUUGAGCAUGGUAAAUGUAGUUCCGAAGACGCGGAGGAGUCUCUUGUAUCCUCACCGGGAUCUGAUGAUUACGAUGAUGAUGUGGACGAAAGAAGGGGUUUUGGAUGGUCUAAAGGCAAGAGAACUAGAAGGCUCAAACUCGGCAAUGGCAAUUCCAAUUCAAAUUGCCCAUCUAGUGAAGAUGAAGACCUUGCCAAUUGCUUAGUAAUGUUAUCCACAGCCAGAGUUGAUCCUCUUGUGGCAGAGACCGAAUCAUCUUGUGCAUCAGCUAGUAAAGAUGAGGAGCGGCGGAACCUGACCGGUGUCGCCACCGCCACACCACCACCACCUCCGGCAAUGAAUAGGCUUUCUAAUGAUAAAGCUAAAGGGGUUGUUAGAGGUAUGUUUGAAUGCAAAGCAUGUAAGAAAGUAUUUAAUUCCCACCAAGCCUUGGGUGGUCACAGGGCUAGUCAUAAGAAGGUGAAGGGAUGCUUUGCAGCUAAGCUUGAUGAUUUAGAUGAAAGCCAAAUAGAUGAAGAUGUGAUCACAAAUGAUGAUUUCUCAAUGCCUAACAGGUCAAUUAAUGCAAUUCUACCUUAUGAGCAUCAAAUCUCACACCCUCCAUUGGCAAUUCCUUCUAAGAGGAAGUCUAAGGUUCAUGAAUGUUCUAUAUGUCAUCGUGUGUUCACAUCUGGGCAAGCUUUGGGUGGACAUAAGAGGUGUCAUUGGGUUACUUCUAAUUCUCCAGAUACAUCUCAUUCAAUCCCAAGGUUUCAUCAACUUGAGGAUCAUAAUCAUCAGCUCCAUCAAAGGCCUAAGAUUAACAAGUCUGAACCUCUUGAUCUCAAUCUCCCUGCCCCAAUUGAUGAUGUUGCCGGAAUCCGGCAGGAUUCUGAUACUCUGUUAAGUUUCGAGGUUCCGACCGCGAUUUAUCUACAACCAUGGAUUGGGGUACACUCGAAUCAUCAUCAUCACCACCACCACCACCACCACCAAAACAAUGACAACCUUAGUAACAGCAACAGCAACAGUAACAGCAACAAUAACCAGACCACAACCAACAACAACAACAACAAUGCUAAGAUUUCAGGGAUUAAUGUGGAUGAUGAAGUGGAUAGUAAGGUCAAGUUAGCAAAGCUAAGUGAUUUGAAGGAUAUGAACUUGGGUGGUGGCUCAUCUCCAUGGUUGCAGGUUGGGAUUGGUUCAACUGGUAAUGGAAGUAGUGACACCUGACGAAAGCUUGAAUCAAACAGAGAGAGUAUACUCACUCACUGUGUAUCUUGUAUCAAGACACUGUAAUUAAAAAUUCAACAAAAGCCCAAAUCCAUCAUUCUUGUUAUUA